CCAGACUUGGGUGUAGGCGAAUGAGUGAAUGUGCGGUUGCAAAAGCUGUGAGGGGCUGGGUGGAACCGAGGAAGAGGGUGUGUCAAGUGAGAUGUGAUGAAGUUUCUCAAAUCACAUAAAAUCCCAUGGUGCCAGAGGACUGCUAUAACAAUACAUAUUAACGCUCACUAUUUCGCGAACGGUGUCAAAGAACCGUUAUCAACCUUUAGGCGUGUGGAAAAAAAGAAGCCGAACUUCGGUGAAUAAAGAAAACAUCACCAUAACAAUGCAAGGAGAACUAUUGCCAGUUAGUUCUGAUCUGGGCCGUUUCCAUGGCGUCCCACGGACCAUGGUGGAGGUUACCAAUCAGAAGGAGGCAGGGUGUAAAUCUAAGGGGCAGAGAGGCUGUUGCCGUUGGUUUCAAAAGAUCUGUCCGUGCUGCUGUCGCCAGAAAAGUUUGCAUGACAUCAAUGAAACAGACCUUUCUGAAGAUCUCCAUCAACCCCUUAAUGGAGACAACGAGUUGAAAGAGCUGUUGUUGUCAGUGUGCUCGGUUGAUCUUCUGAGUAAUAAAACUGGUCAGAACCGCCUGGAACAUCACACCGAUCUUUACCAUGGUAACGAGCUCAUCAUCCGACGUGGCCAGACCUUCCUGAUGGAAUUGGACCUUUCGCGACCUUUCAACUCUAAAAUAGACAAACUCCAUCUGGACCUCCGGACAGGACCUCGACCCGCUGUGUCAAAGAACACACACGUCUUAAUUCCGCUGGUGGAGGAGUUGCAGGAUGAACGCUGGGAAGCCAAGAUUGUUGAACAGAAUAGCAACAGGAUCAAGCUGUCGGUCAACUCGGAUCCAAAAGCUGUGAUUGGCCGGUACAAGCUGACUGUGACCGUCAGUUGCCCCAAUGGCAAGGCUGCAACCACACAUGACCCGAGCAAAGACAUAAUCAUGCUGUUCAACCCCUGGUGUGAAGAUGACACAGUGUACAUGGAUGAUGAGGAGGAGAGGAAAGAGUACGUGCUAAAUGAUACAGGGAGACUCUACUAUGGCACAGAGAAACAGAUUGGAGCUCGGACAUGGAACUAUGGACAGUUCCAUGAGGGGAUCUUGGACGCUUGUCUCUAUGUGCUAGAUAAAACUGAGAUGCUUCCAUCUGCUAGAGGGGACUCUGUCAAUGUUGUCCGAGUCCUAUCUGCCAUGAUCAAUUCCCCAGAUGAUAGUGGAGUCCUGGCAGGGAACUGGUCAGGGAAUUAUGCAGGAGGAGUUUCCCCUACAGCCUGGAGUGGCAGUGUGGACAUCCUGAAGAAAUACUCCCAGGAGGGAGGCAUGCCAGUCAAAUACGGACAGUGCUGGGUCUUCUCUGGGGUCACCACAACAGUCCUCCGGUGUCUGGGUAUACCAUGUCGUAGUGUGACAAACUUCCAGUCCGCUCACGACACGGAUGUCUCACUCACCACUGAUGUGUAUUUUGAUGAGAAUAUGGAGCCGAUUAACCACCUCAACACUGACAGUGUUUGGAAUUUCCAUGUAUGGAAUGACUGUUGGAUGGCCAGGCCAGACCUUCCGCCUGGGAUAGGCGGCUGGCAGGCGGUGGACUCCACCCCCCAGGAGACCAGCCACGGAAGGUUCCGCUGCGGUCCUGCCUCUCUCACCGCCAUCCGCACUGGUCAGGUGUACCUGAAAUAUGACACACCGUUCGUUUUCGCUGAGGUGAACAGUGACAAGAUAUACUGGCAGAAGAAUCGAGACGGCACCUUUAGGCAGAUCCACAUUGAGAAGAAGGCUGUGGGGCAUUACAUCAGCACCAAGGCCGUGGGGUCUGACGAACGCACUGACAUCACUCACCUGUACAAACACGCCGAAGGAUCAGAGGAGGAGCGCAUAGCGGUCGAGACGGCCAGUCGCUACGGCAGCAAGCCUGACAUGUACUCUACGUCCAAGGUGGAUGUGACUGUUGAGGUGAAUUUGGAGGGGGAGGGACCUCGUAUGGGAGCGGAUGCCCAGCUGACCAUCGUGGUGACCAAUCUGAGCUCCCAGCCACGCAGUGCCACCCUCCACAGCCAGGUGGCGGUCAUGUACUACACUGGGGUGCUGAAGGGAACCGUCAAGAAGGAAAAGUUAUCUGUGGAGCUCAUGCCCAAUGAGGUAAAGACGAUGGAGUGGGUCCUACCUUACCAGUGCUACCAGGACCAGCUGGUGGACCAGGCUGCCCUCAUGUUGACUCUGUCUGGACGGGUCACUGAGACCCAACAGGUCCUGGCCACUCAGACCAGCUUCAGGCUUCGUACACCUGACCUCAAAAUUGAGCCCGUAGGUGAGGCGGUGGUGGGGAAGGAGAUGGGAGCCAAGAUCAUAUUCACCAACCCUCUGCCACGUACGCUGAAGGGCGUGGUGUUCCGGGUGGAGGGACUGGGCCUGCAGAAGGUCCAUGAGGUGGUUGUGGGUGAUGUUGGGAGCCACUCCACAGUGACUGUGACAGAACAGUUCAUCCCUACCCAGGCAGGACCCAGGAAGCUGGUGGCGGCUCUGGACUGUAAACAGCUGACACAGGUGCACGGCGUUGCCGACAUUGUUGUCAAGGACUAAUGAGGGAACUCCUGGUUGCUUUCAUUCAAGUCUUGUCAAAGAAAAUGUGAAGCCUAUUAUUCUGUUUUCCUUUAACUUUAUAUACAAAUAUAAAUAUUUUAUGGAUAUUUUAUGAAUAUGAACUGAUUUUGGAAGGAAGUUCUAAUUAUUUAGAAAAACGUAGUAAUCUAAUGUGCCCAAAGAGGAUAAAGCCAUUACUGUAUCCACAGUCCGCAUCUAGUGCUGUGAAAUAGUAUUGGUCGCAUCCGAUUUCUGCCUUUUUCACCCUUAUAAUAACACUAACCAGUGAAAACUGCAGACAUUUUAAAUCUAAAAACAUUUUCACUGCAAUGUACAGUACACUCACCUAAAGGAUUAUUAGGAACACCUGUUCAAUUUCUCAU